UGGGAAUCCGGUUAUAUUAGAAGAUUCUUAUUUUAUUUUCAGUGUCAAUUGCAAACCACAAUGCCACAAGAAACGAUUACUUUAGGUAGAUACUUAUUUGAAAGAUUGGUUCAAAAACCUCUCGAUAUUAAUACCAUUUUCGGUGUUCCAGGAGAUUUCAACUUAACUUUAUUGGAUAAGAUUUAUGAAGUUGAAAAUUUGAAAUGGGCCGGUAAUGUUAAUGAAUUGAAUGCUGCAUACGCUGCUGAUGGUUAUUCCAGAGUUAAACAUAGUUUAUCCUGUCUUGUUACCACCUUUGGUGUUGGAGAAUUAUCGGCUUUUAAUGGUCUUGCUGGUUCUUAUGCUGAACACGUUGGUGUUCUUUCGGUUGUUGGUAUUCCUUCAAUCGAUUCUCAACAAAAACAAUUGUUAUUACAUCAUACCUUGGGUAAUGGGGAUUUCACUGUUUUUGAAAGAAUGACUUCAAAUAUCACUCAAACUACAAUUGUUCUUAAAGAUGCUCAUAAUGCUCCCGAUGAAAUCGAUCGUGCAAUUAGAGAAGCCUACAUCAACCAAAGACCAGUCUAUCUUGGAUUCCCUUCCAAUAUGGUCUCGGUCGAGGUUCCUGCCGACAGAUUGAAAACUCCUCUUGACUUGUCUUUACCAAAGAAUGACGAAGACGCCCAAAAUGAAGUUGUUGAACGAGUUUUGGAGUUGAUUUCAAAGGCAAAAGACCCAGUCAUUUUAAUCGAUGCCUGUUGCGGAAGACACGACUCGACCAAGGAAGCUAGAAGACUUAUUGAUACUACUAAUUUCAAGUUUGCAGUAACUCCUUUAGCUAAAGGGUCCACUAAUAUAGAUGAAAGCCAUGAAAGAUUCACUGGGAUUUAUGUCGGUUCUUUAUCAUACCCUGAAGUCAAAUCUGCGGUGGAAAGCUCAGAUUUAGUUUUAUCGUUGGGUGCUCUACUUUCUGAUUUCAAUACUGGUUCAUUCUCUUAUUCAUUACAAAGCAAUGUCGUUGAAUUCCAUUCGGAUUAUACUAAAAUUAGAAAUGCUAAUUAUCCAAAUGUUAGAAUGAAGGAAGUUUUGAAUAAAAUUCUUGAAUCUCCUAAUUUGAAACAAUCAAUUUCUCAUUUCAAACCAUCUUCAAUCACUAAAGAUCCUUUCCCAGAAGUUAAACAAGAUCCUGAAUCUAAGAUUUCUCAACAAUGGUUGUGGACUAGAUUGAGUAAAUGGUUAAAACCUGGUGAUACCGUCAUUACUGAAACCGGUACCUCUUCUUUCGGUAUCAUUCAAACUCGUUUCCCAGAAAAUGUUUUUGGUAUUUCUCAAGUUUUAUGGGGUUCUAUUGGUUAUUCGGUCGGGGCCACUUAUGGUGCCGUUGCUGCUGCUGAAGAAUUAAACCCAGAAAAGAGAACAAUCUUGUUUGUUGGUGAUGGUUCUUUACAAUUAACUGCUCAAGAACUUUCUGCCAUGAUUAGAGCAGAAAACAAACCUUAUAUUUUUGUCUUGAACAAUAAAGGUUUCACCAUUGAAAAAUUAAUUCACGGUCCAAAAGCUCAUUAUAAUCAAAUUCAACCAUGGGAUCACGCUAAAUUCAUUGAAUCUUUCAAUCCAAAGAAUGCCGAAACUCAUAGCGUUCAUAAAGUUAAGGAUUUGGAAAAUUUAUUCAAUGAUGCUAAAUUUGCUAAAAGUGAUAAAUUUAGAUUGAUUGAAAUUAAUCUUGAAGAAAUGGAUGCUCCAAUUAACUUGAUUGAACAAGCUAAGUUGUCCGAAAAGGCCAAUGCUCAAAACUAAGCUACAUAGCUCAUAUAAUU